AUGGACAUCAGCCCCGUUGUUGACUACGGGGGGGCCCGGACGCCUGGUAAUUUAUUUUUUAUUUCCUGUGACCCCGUCGAUGCUGUGGACGAAACCGGCUGCCAAAGAUUAAAGGGGCCAACGUUUGAUUUUCUAAAUGUGCCCCCAGCGCAUGGGCGAGAACCAGAAACGAGCCAGCCGAGGGAGAGAGGUGCUGAGAGGCGAAGGGCAGCCUUGGACCCGGGCCGGGAAGGCCUGGGGAGGAGCCGGACUCUGGCAAACGAGGGGCAAAUACAGAAUUGGGCCAAACCCGACCGUGAAGAGCAGCGAGCCGGAGCCUGGGGCCGUCGCAGCGGAAGCCGGAAGCUGCUCCGCGACCCGUGGGGCCCCUGGGCCAGCCAGCUGCGAAAGGGUCACUCAAGGACGACAAGGCCAUUGCGGAGAAAUGAAUCGAAUUCGGUCUUCACGGCCGAGGAUGGGAGGGAGAUUCCCACACCGGAGCCCGUCUGUUUAGGUGACAGAUCGGAGGAAGUGUCCCGGAUUGAGGUGUCGCUAGAGGAGGGUUUGGAACAAACGGAUAAACUAACCAGCACUAAGUCCCCAGGCCCAGAUGGGCUCAGGCAGGAACUCAGACGUGCCGUCGUCGUCUGUCCCCCCCUGACGAGGAUGGCUCGUGUGCCACCGAUCGUUACAAAGGGCUCCAGCGGUGCCCCCGGCAAUUACAGGCUGGUGAGUCUGACUUCAGUCCCGGGCAAACGGCUCGAAAGUGUCAUAGAGAACAGAACGGCCAGACACGGAGCUCACCACAACUUGUGGGGUAAGAGGCAACGUGGAUUUCAUAAAGGGAAAUCGUACCUCACCAAUCUACUAGACUUCUCUGAGGGGAUCCACCAGCCCGUGGCCAAGGGGAUCCCAUGGAGAUCGUGGACUUAGAUUGUCAGAAGGCCUUUGACACGGUCCCUCGAGCAAAGGAAGACGAAUAAAUGGUCAGUUCUCAGCAUGGAGCGAGGGACCUCGUGGUGUCUCCCAGGGGGUCUCUGCUGGGCCCCGUCCUAGUCGACAGAGCGGUGAGGUGGCAAAAUUUGCAGACGAUUGAGAAAAGGACCUCGCAAAACUGGGUGAUGGGGCAACAAACUGGCAGGCGCAAUUCAACGCUGAUAAAUGCCCAUUGGGAAACCCCGUCCCAACUCUGCAGAUACAACGGUGGGCUCUGCAUUAGCUGCUGCCACUUGGGAGAGACCUUGGAGUCAGAAAGUGCCUCUCUGUGACUCCCUGGUGUGACCACAAAAAUAUCCCAGAACAGUCCCGCAGGGGGCGGAGGAAGUAAAGCAGGACGUGUCGUUUACUCCUCCUCCUCACACAGGAACCAGGGGUCACCCCAUCAACUGAGCAGGCAGCAGGUGUGAGACAAGCCAAAGGACGACAGUAGCCUGGGGAACUCCCUGCCACAGGAUGCUGUGAAGGCCUAGAGGGCUCAGAAAGGAACUAGAGCAGUUCCUGGAAGUGGGCUGGGGCCACUACUGGUGGAGAGCAGGGGAUUAGUCAGGUGUCCCUUUGUCCCUCCCCCCAAGGGCCCCUUUUCCUUCCUCCUGUCUCCCCACCUGGA